CGCAAAGGCUUCUGGGCUUAGUGGGCAGUUGCCGCUCCUGUUGCCUCUAUUUCCCAGCAGGCACCGCGGGGUGGGCGUCUGCUAGUGCUUCUGGUGUCAGAGGGUGACGAGCUGCAAAUAGGUCCUGUAUCCGUGGCAACUACCGGUUGCGGUUCCUAGAGAGAAGCUUCCGCGGACAGCCGUUUGGGCCUCAGCGCGCCGGUCGGUCGGCAGCCAAACUGUGCCGCUCCAGGGCAGGCACCAUGCUGCACUUACCUUUACAGCCCAGCAUCUAGCAGGGUCGGCAUGUAGUAGGCACUCAAGAAAUGUGUGUUGAAUGAACGAUGCCUGUGACAAGCAACUGGACUUUCUUCUUUCCUGACCCUUGCUCCUAUGACAUACCUCCUGACUGCCACUGUCACCCCUUCAAAGCAGCACUUCUCUAGGGAGCCCGGAAGGGAAACAGCUAUGGCCAAGGACAUCUUAGGUGAAGCAGGGCUGCACUUUGAUGAGCUGAACAAGCUGCGGGUGUUGGACCCAGAGGUUACCCAGCAGACCAUAGAGCUCAAGGAAGAGUGCAAGGAUUUCGUGGACAAAAUUGGCCAGUUUCAGAAAAUAGUUGGUGGUCUAAUUGAACUUGUUGAUCAGCUUGCCAAAGAAGCAGAGAACGAGAAGAUGAAGGCCAUUGGUGCUCGGAACUUGCUCAAAUCCAUAGCAAAGCAGAGAGAAGCCCAACAGCAGCAACUGCAGGCACUAAUCGCAGAAAAGAAGAUGCAGCUAGAAAGGUAUCGGGUUGAAUAUGAAGCUCUGUGUAAAGUAGAAGCAGAACAAAAUGAAUUUAUUGACCAAUUUAUUUUUCAGAAAUGAACUGAAAUUUUCAUUUUUUUUUUUAUAGCACCCCAACCAAAAAACCAAAACCCCUGUACCAUUCCAGUGACUUAUGUAUGUCAUAGCAGGGUGUUGAGGCAGCAGCAUUGCCAGCUGGGGCAGCUGGUAACAGCGCACAGCCACUGCUGGUGGCCAGGCAGCACAGGGCCUCACCUCUUGCAUUCUCACCACUUUCUUUUUGGUAAAUUCACAAAGUUCUCAAGGAAAAGCAAUAAAUAAUUUUUUGCAAAUGG